AUGGUCCGACUCUUGAGCUCGACCUUGGUUCUCCUCGCUGCACUGCAGGUGAUUGCAGCCAGUCCAUCGGUAGUCACCCUCACAUCGAGCUAUACCAGCACCGCGGUAACGACUAUCACCACCUCCAUCCCGAGUGUCUCCAUCACCAGCACUUGCACCUGGGGUACUGUCGCUCCCACGGGUUGUGCCAAUACCAUCUGGUAUGAUGCAGGAAACUACUGGUCGGCCACGUGCACUACCUCCGCCUACAGUGCCAGUACGACCAAGAUGACCUACUCCUGGGUCAGCGUGGACGCGUGCACCGAUGCGUGCACCCACUACAGCAACUGCGCGGGCGUCAACUGGGAUGACAGCGAAACCUGCCGGAUCCUUGCCGGGUCACUGGAAUUGGUGCCAGCCUCGAGCAGUGUUUUGGCCGUCGAGCUCUUUUUUUUCGACCCCUGUACCUCGCGAGUGACCUCGUAUGUUCCGGAGACUUUGACUCGCACCUCGACUUCCGAGUAUACAUCUUUGAUCGUCUCCACCCUCACUCCCACUCCCACUCCCACUUUGACUCUGGGUGACACCCGAACGCCUACCCCAUCGACGUCGGUGCAUCUCACACCCUCUGCGUCGAGUGCUCCGGUUCUGUUCCCGCCCACAUCAGCGCGUUCGAGCUCCUCAGCUCCCGCCGCCCUUCCACAGUCAUCCGGAAGUCCUUUGGCGAUCUCGUCAUCCAUUGUCAGCACCGGACCCUCCGCCACCGUCUCCCCUAUGACCAGCGCUGCACCCGCACCAUCCAGUGCGCCGGACGAGGUCGAGACUCUGUAUUCCACCAUUUACACCACCGAGUUGGUGACUUUCUUCACGGAGUGUGCGUUCUGA